AUGUCUCCCAACAUACUCGAUUCCAGCGCGCCCGACCGCGACAACCGGUCGCUGCUCUCGCCCAUCACCUACGACGACGACGCCUCGUCCCUCCACAGCCGAAGCGACCAAGACACAGACAGUGAGGAUGACCAGCUGCAGCAGAGGGCGCGCAACAGCCGCGAGCUACGCGCCCACGACCGCAUCGUGCUCAUGCAAGAAGAGGAGAUGGACAGGCUGGUGACGAGCUCGAGGCGGGAGCACCGCCGCGGCUCGGGCCUGGCGGUUCCCAAUCCCUUCAAGAUGUUUGGCCGCAACAACAGUCUGACCAACCUAUCGGCUGCCGGCAGCUCAACCGAGGAUCUCGCCGUUGAAAAGCGGAAAGCCCGCCGUGCGAGGCGCAAGCAGAAAAGGCAUCGGUUGACGCGCGAUGCUCGUCACGGCGAGGAUGGAGAGCUCAUGUACGAGAUGGAAGAGGGCGGCAUGAAGGACGGCAGCUCAACGGGCGACACUACCCCUCGCGAGGACAGCGACGAGGUCGACCGCCGCCGCCUUGGCCUGGUGGCCAGUGCAAAGGCGCAGCGCGGACGCGGCGGUCGGCGGUCCAUCUUUAUCCAUCUACUCAUCGCCACCGGUUUCUCCAUACUCGUCCUCUUCGCCUGGAAACUCUCCAAGAACCAAAAGGGUACCAGUCAUGCGCAACGCCUGGUCAGCAAUGGAACCGCCCUCUUUGCGCCAACGACCAUCAUCAUCAGCCUCGACGGCUUCCGAGCCGACUUUCUGCAGCGAGGCCUCACGCCGACGCUCAACGCCCUCAUCAAGCAAGGCAUAUCGCCUAAGUACAUGCUUCCGUCUUUUCCCUCCGUCACGUUCCCGAACCACUACACCUUGGCGACGGGCCUGUACCCCGAGAGCCACGGCGUCGUCGGGAACACGUUCUGGGACCCGCAGCUGCAAGCCGAGUUCUACUAUACGGACCCUAAGCGCAGCCUGGGCCCCAAAUGGUGGGGCGGCGAGCCCUUUUGGGUGACGGCAGAGCGACAGGGCAUCCGAACGGCCGUCCACAUGUGGCCCGGCAGCGAGGCUCAUAUUCUUCGCGUUGAGCCGAGCUUUGUGGACAAGUACAACGGCAAGGAGAAGCUUCCGAACAAGGCUGCCCGGAUCCUGGAGCUUCUCGACAUGCCGGGAAAAGAGGAUGGGCUGGUGGACCUCGAGCUGACGCGCCCGCAGUUGAUUGCGGCCUAUGUCCCCAACGUCGACGCCGAUGGGCACAAGUUUGGGCCCAACACGACCGAGAUUCGGUCCACCAUUCAAGAAGUGGACGACAUGUUGGACCAGCUCUGCCAGGGACUGGAUCAGCGCAAUUUGACCGACAUUGUCAACAUCAUCAUCGUGUCUGACCACGGGAUGGCGACGACUGAUACCUCGCGGUUGAUCCAGCUCGAGGACCUGGUCAACACGUCCAAGAUUGAACACACGGAUGGCUGGCCGCUGUAUGGUCUCCGUCCCAAGCAUGACCGGGACCUGCAAGAGAUGUACAAGGAAGUUAAGGAAAAAUCCAGGUCGAACCCAAACUUUGACGUGUACCUGCGUGACGUGGAUAUGCCUGAGAGAUACCACUUCUCCAACAACGACCGCAUCGCACCGCUAUGGAUCGUUCCAAAGACGGGCUGGGCCAUUGUCAAGCUGGAUGAGUUUGACGUGGAGCAAGGCAAGAAGAAGGGUCUCGUAUACCAUCCACGGGGGCUGCACGGGUAUGACCACGAGCAUCCCUUGAUGCGGGCCAUCUUUGUCGCUCGCGGUCCAGCAUUCCCCCACCCAGCCAACAGCCGAGUUGAUCCCUUUCAAAAUAUCGAGGUCUAUAAUAUCUUGGCUGAUUCGGUUGGGAUGGAACCCAAACCCAAUAACGGGACGCUCCGUCUACCGUUGAAGCCCGCCGGCACGCACAGGCCCGAGGACAGGCCGACAGAGCCUGCCGAUCCCCCGCCGUCGCCAACGCCCCAGCCGUCGGAUCAGCCGCAACGCCCAGUCCUAAACGAGGGUCCGGAGGAGCCCGAUCGGCCUACCCUGCCACCGCGUCCGUCCCAAAGUGCCGAGUCCAACAUGGCGUCAGACAGUAAGGGAAACGGCACAAGCAACGCCGAGGAAGAAAAGGACAGCGGGGACUCCGGGUCACUCAAAGACCAGGCGCAAGGGGCGCUGGAUUGGGUGGCAGAAAGCGUGAGUCGCAUCUGGGACAAGAUUCGAGGUGGCAACGCUGCGCGGGAAUGA